AUCAACAAAACAGUUGAGGAAAACUCAACCAAACUGAGAACUUCCGCGCAUAAAUUCUUGGAACUGAAAUUAUCAGUAAUUUUAUGAUCUCUAAUGGCUUCCGGACUUCACAUUUUCCUUUUCAUGGCGCUAACAGCUUCAGCUCCGUUCUCUAUUAAUUUCGCAGAAAGCCGGAAGAAAUUAAGGGACAAGGAAGAGGUGAAACAUGGAGCGAUUAACCAAUCAGGAAGCUCAUCAAUUCAAACUAAUAACAGAAUUAACCACCGGCAUGUCGUUCAGCUCUCUUGGCGACCAAGGGUGUUCUUGUAUAAAGACUUUCUGACUGAUGAGGAGUGUGAUCAUCUUAUUUCUUUGAGGCAAGGUUUGAAAGAGACAUCAGCUGUAAAGGGCGAUGGUUCUAGUAAUACUGUGGAGAAUAAUAUACAGCUUCCAAGCUCAAAAUCAGUUCUGAAUAUUAAUGAUAAUUUACUUGCAAGGAUUGAUGAAAAAAUUUCAGCCUGGACCUUUAUUCCCAAAGGGUACGGCAUGCCCCUCGAGGUCAUGCAUUAUGGGCUUGAAGAGGCCAAUCAUCAUUCUGAUUAUUUCAGUAACAGAACAUUGAUUUCAAAAGUGCCUUUAAUGGCAACUCUAGUUUUAUACCUAUCAAAUGUGACUCAAGGUGGUGAAAUUCUCUUUCCUGAGACAGAGCCAAAAAACAAGGUUUGGUCUGACUGCACAAAGGGCAGUAGCAAAAUGCUAAGACCUGUCAAAGGAAAUGCUGUGCUGUUUUUCAACGUGCACCUGAAUGCAUCCCACGACACCAGUAGCACCCACGCUCGAUGUCCUGUCCUAGAGGGGGAGAUGUGGAGUGCAACUAAGCAUUUCCUCAUAAGAGCCAUCGAUACAAAGGAGGAAAAAUCCCUGCCUGAAUCAGACGCCAUCGACUGCACCGAUGAGGACGCUAAUUGUCCUAAGUGGGCUGAACUUGGGGAAUGCCAAAGAAAUCCAGUUUUCAUGACAGGUUCUCCUGAUUAUUAUGGUACAUGUCGAAGAAGCUGUAAUGCGUGUUGAAUGCUAGAAAGAAGAUGAUUCUUUGUUUCUCGCAAAGAUAUACUGAUCUAUGUAGUUGAUUGGUGAGAUUACUUAAAUAAAGAUGAAUCACAUUAUUAUUUUGAA